AUGUCAGAUUUCACGUCCUGGGUUGAAAAGAACAAGAGCCUGUGGGCGCGCGUUUACGAUGAGGUUAUCGCGCCAGACUUCGAGAAAGAGUGGAAGAUUCGAGAAGAGGGCCAUCAACAAGAACUAAAAAGAAGAGAUGAGAACCAGCAACUUUUGUUCAAUCACAUCAGCGAACAGACUAUCAAGAAUACACAGGUUAUUGAGGAAAAUCAACGACUAGAGGUUGAACUUCAGCAAAGAGUUAAAGAUGCAGUACCACUGACGAACCCCAAUGAUGCAGCUACUGCAUCAAUGGACGCGUCCAAGGAGGAGCACCGCCAUUUAACCGAGAAGUACGAUGAAUUGAACAAGAAAUAUCAGGACCUCUCCCAGAAAGUCAAAUAUCUUGAGAGGAAGAACACUACUGUGAUGCAAAAAAACAGAGAGAUGAAGGACAGCGUACGCGCAUGGCAGCAAUAUGCUGAUCGCCAGAAGCCGCAUCCGAAGCCUAAAGGCACAUCCAGAGCUGAGAAAGGGCCAUCCAAACUUUCGGUCAUUCUUCAGAACGAAGAAGAAGUUCCACCGCACAUGCCUUCAAGUCCGACAUCUGUCAACAGCAAAUCAACGCCACUCCAGCGUGUUGACCAAAGCUGCAUAUCUCCUACUCCCGCUACAAAUAUCGAGACUGGCGACGACACAAUACUAUCUGAGGGGUAUCAGUCGGCGGAUCAUGCAGCCACCCCCAAGGGACCUGUAGCUAUGAACUUCGAUGAGCUCGAGGGUGUUUCACACAACGACAUCUCUUUCAACACAAGACUGGAUAGGUCGCGCAGAUAUGAGGUCGAAACCAACGGAAUGCCGAGCUCAAGCCAAACCACAGUUGAUGAAGCGCCUGAUCAGCUCAAUCGAAGAAGCCAAGCUGUGCAUGUGGACGACGAAGAUGAUCUGCUCCAAGUCGUAUCAGAGCGUUCGCUGAAGCGGAAAAGGGUUCAGCAACCUAGAAUCGGGCUACAUGCAGGACGAUCUUCAGACGGCACGCCUGCAAAGCCCCAUCGGGUGAAAGACGAACCAUUGAGCAGCCCACCACGGUCUGUGUAUACACUUUUACGCACGGAGACGAUUGACCUCGACGAUCCCGCAGCAAAUAAGCUUGAGGCAGCCUUGCCUUCACAAAGGACUACAAUAAUGUACUCGAAUGCUAGCGGCACAAUUCGUAAUCAGCGAUCUAGCAGCGCCCCGUUCUCGCAGGCUACAAACCAACAAGUCUUACAAAGAGAACACAGAGCGGGUCUCCGAUCGUUCGGAGAACAAGAUAAGCUUCAGAUCGCUGCAGCAGACAUGUGGACUCCCAGUGAGCCCCCGGAUCAAUGCGCCAACGAACAGGUCCUUCAACCCCUCGAUCCCAAUAUUGUCGUACAGAUGCCAGAGGUCACAUCAAACAAGCGGUCGAAGCAAGCCACAGCCCGACGUUCUGAGCAUGGAAUACUCGCAGAAUCCGGCGAGCUGCCUCCGCCAAUGGACGAGAACGAGCUGAGACUACCCCCUAGCGCUGCUCGAGCGCGCCUGCAAAAGUUGCGGGCUGCGAAGGAUACCCAGACACCCAAACGCCGCUUGCAGUGCCAAAAUACAUCAGGCUCACACCCUGUGAAGCAGGAGCAGGUACCUUACUCUCCCAUCGCUACGUCUCGGACAGAACAGUCACCUUCUGGCUUGGAUGGGUCUCGACGGCUUGCAGCAAUGGCCUUGGCAUGCCAGCAAGAAGAUACGACGCUCGAGAGUCGACCAACUUGGAGCAUGCACACUCCUGACAAGCGUUCUAUGAAGCACAAGCACAAACUAUCACCGCCUCGCAAGCAGGCACGUCUUCGCGAGAAGCCGGUAAAGGAACUCAGAGUUCAUGAUUUCAAGCCAAACCCGGCUUACAACCAGGGCUACAGCUACGCAUUUUCCGAGACAGUCCGCAAACGCGGUGAUCGCAUGUGCCUCCCUGGCUGCACUAACCCUCGGUGCUGUGGCUCCCACUUCCGCCACCUAGCUGAAGCACUAGAUUCACUGUCUGCAUCACAGGAAGAGGAAUUAUUAGAAGACUAUCUUGGCGACGCAUACACCACAGUCAUCUCAACGCAGAUGUCAUCAGAUGAACGUGCUGAGCUGGUCUUGCAGGCGCGCACAAAGAAAAUGGCCAAUGACAACGGUAAACACCGUGAAGCUUACGAACGACGCCAAACGCCGCCAGGCUUCUGGCGUGUCGAUUUUCCAACUACACAAGAGCAAGAGGACGACAGAGGAAGGGCGAAGGAGCAAGAGGUCAGGAUCGUGCAGGAGCGUUGGCUCGAGGCGCAGAAGAAGGGUGGGAGAUGGAUUUUCAGAGACGACUAA